AUGUACUUCAAGAAUUAUUUUACACUGUCGAGUUUAUUAAACAAAUGUUAUAUUCUUAGGCAAAAAAGAAAUUUGUUUUUUUGUUUUCAAAAACAUAAUCAAAAUAUAGAGGAGAAAAAGAUAUAUACUUUAACAUUAGAUGGGAAAGAAAAAAUGAAAACAAAAUUUUUAAAUAAUAUUUCACUUAAAUUGGAAAAGGAAUUGAGGAGAAGAAAAUUUCCUCUAAUUUUAAUUUUUUCUAUAUUAGCAAUUUCAAUAGAUAUUAAAUAUGCAACAUGUGAUGAAUCAGUUUUUACAAAAAAAAACUUAAAUAAUAAUUCUAUUAGUAACAGUAAUUUUGAUAUAAGUAAUAUCGAAUUGAAUUUUGAAGAACUUGAUGAAAUGGAUUCUUUUUAUUUUUUAAAACAUAAAAAUAAAAUGCAUAUGAUUCAAUAUUCAGCUAAUACUCCAAUAGAAGAUAGAUGUUUUUUAUAUAAUAUUAAUAUUAAUUCAAAGGAUUUAGAUAAAAAAAAAUUUGCUCCUAAGGGAAAUGAAAGUGAAAAAGAAUUUGUUAACUCAUUUGAGAGUACUUUAACAUAUGAUGAAGGUGAAAGAAGUCCUGAACAAAAAACGGAAAUUUGUGAAGAUAGUGUUAUGAGCAAAAGUUUCGGAUCCGAAAGGACAUAUAAUGCAGAAGAAGGAUCACAUAAAAUUGAAAAUGAAGACAGUUUAAUGAAUGAUAUAUCUGAUAAAGAUCCCAAAUCUCUUAAUGUUAGCGAUAAUUUAAAUAAUGAUUUUAUAUUUGCCGGUGUUAUAGAUGGUCAUGGAGGAGCUGCAAUUGCAGAAAUAACAAGGAGAUCAUUAGGACAUUAUGUAAAAAAGCAAUUAAUAGAAAAAAUAAAAAGAAGGAAGAAAGAAAAUAUAGAUGAAAAUGAUAUUAUAUUAAGCUUAGAAGAAGCAUAUUUAAAUUUGGACCGUGAUAUUUUGAAAAUUGUAAGAGAAUAUUUUUAUAAAGGUUAUACAAAAUUUUCAAGAAUAGGGGCAUGUUGUUUAAGUUUACUAAUAGAUAAGGACAAUUAUUACAUAAGUAAUGCAGGUGAUUCUAGAGGGUUAUUAAUUAGAAAAAAUGGAUAUGUUAUUUUAAAUAAUAUCCAUAACGCUAAUCAAGUAAGCGAAAGAAAAAAGUUAUUAGAAAAUCAUCCAAAUGAAAAAGAUGUAGUAUUAUGUAGAAAAAUAAAGAAAAAGAAAAGAAGAUUUCAUUUAUUUAAUUUAACAGAUAAAAUCAAUAAACUUUUGUUAGAUGAUUAUGAUAACUGUUAUGUUAAAGGAAGAUUACAGCCAACCAGAAAUUUAGGUGAUUUCCAUUUAAAACUCAAAGAAUUUUCUUAUGAUCAUGUUGAUGGAAAAUGUAUUAUUAGUAAGCCACAUUCAUUUCCUUAUAUUACUGCAUUACCGGAAGUACAAAAAAUAAAGAAAAGUGAAACUGAUGAAUUUAUUAUUCUGAUGACUGAUGGGGUUACAGAUUUUUUAAGUGAUAUGGAAAUAGUUAGAAUAGUUAAAGAAAAUAAUACUUCUGUUGAAAAAGCUUCAAAAGAAAUUGUUAAAAGUGUUUUAAUAAAAGCAGCUAAUUAUGAUAAUUUAUCAAUGGAAGAAUUUUUAAAAAUUUUGCCGGAACGUAAAAGAAAACAUUAUGAUGAUAUGUCUUUGGUUAUUAUUAAAUUAAAUGAAGAUUAA